AUGCCUUCCAAUAAUUAUUAUCCAGCCCCUUGGGGUAUGAAUCCCAUGGAUAUGUCUCUCAAUUCAGUUGCAACUGCUUUACCUGUUACAUCUGGUAUAGAAAUGGGUCCUAGUACUAGCUCAGGUAUGAAUCCUUAUGCUUAUAUGGGCAUGUCUGGGGAUGGCAGUAUGUAUGGUAUGAUGGGUAUGGGCAAUUAUUGCCAAUAUGGCAUAGGUGGAGCAGAAACAGGUAUCAUUUUUCCUCCAAAAGAAAUAAUCACUCUCACGAAAAGUGUUAUGUAUCCGCCUGAGCCCAAGGACAAACCCCCAACCGUACGAGAUAGACCUCUUGGAUGCAGAACAAUUUUUGUUGGCGGGUUACCGGAAAAAACUACUGAAGAAAUUAUUAGGGAAAUUUUUGAGCGUUGUGGAGAAAUAUCAGUUAUUCGUAUGAGUAAGAAAAAUUUCUGUCACAUAAGGUUUACUGAAGAAUGCCAUGUUGAUAAUGCUAUUUAUUUGUCUGGUUACAAACUUAAAAUUGAAAACAAGGAUGAUGCAGCAUAUUGUAACAGAGUACAUGUCGAUUUUGCUAAUGCUAGGGAUGACCAAUAUGAAUAUGAAUGUCGACAAAGAAAAGCACAAAGAGAAGCUCGUCAUAAAGAGGAACAGGAAGCUUAUCGUGUUCCAACCCCACCACCAGUUGUACAAUAUUCAGAUCAUGAAGCUACAAUAUUGGGGGAAAAAUUACGUGGUGAAGAUACAUUUCAAGAAGCAGUUAGUAUCUUAAUAACAUGGUUAGAAAGAGGAGAAUGUAGUAAGAGGAAUGCUGGAUACUUUUAUUCAAUGAUCCAAAGUACAAACAGUCGUAUACGUAGAUUAAUGAUUGAAAAGCGUAAGUAUGAAGACGAGGUGAACAAAGCGAAAAUAAUGUUAAAACAGCAAAUGCAGGGUAUUUUAUUACAAUUUAAUGAAAUUGGUAAAGUUUUCUCUGCUGCAAGUUUACAGAAAGUUUGGGAUCACUUUACAAAAGCUCAACGAAAAAAUAUUGAGAUGUGGAAAAAACAAACAGAAGAGAUUAAGAAUGCCUAUUUGGAAGAAGUUUUAAAUGAUCGUAUUGAAGACGAAAUGGAUGUCAGCGAUGAUGAUUCUCCUAAUCAGCUACCAGGAAAAGGAAGAAAUGAUGAACUAGAAUUGCAAGAAGAACUAAGCAAGCUAAAAGAAGAAUGUGAUUCAUUGAAAUGUCAACUGGAAGCUUCCCAAAAUGAAUUAAUGGUAGUACGUUCAGAAAUUGAUCAAAAACGUGACAAUGCUGAUCAUCAAGUUCAAUCUUUGAAACAAGCUCUUCAAGGAUUACAGCAUGAGAUUCUGUCACUGAAUCAAAAACGUGUAAAGGAUGAAGCAGAACUGAAAGAGUUGAGGAUUUCCCUAAGCAACAUUCAGAAUGAAGCUCGCUUAAUUGGCCUGAUUUCUACUUUUUUAAAUGUUCACCCAUUUGGUGCUAGCAUUGAUCAUAUUUGUUCCUACUUGCAUCAGAUUGAUUGCACUGUUAGAGCUAGAGGAGCUAGAGAUGUUGAAAGUUUAAUGAAGCAUUUUCCAUUGAUUUUCAAAGAAGUGUCCACCGGCAUUGGUGCUAGUUUAGAAAAGAAGUGGACCUUUUCAGGAUUCAAGUAA